UUUUUGUUGCCUUAAAAAAAAGCACUCUUUCUACCCCUUCAUUCCUUUAAUUCUAAAGGAGUCUUUUGCGGUAGAAUGUGGUAUGAUCUUGGGGUUCACUUCUCUCUGACUCUCCCCAGCAGUCGGCUGGAAGUGAGAUCUGGGUCCCCCAGCAAGGAAGGCUAGUGAGCAAGACAGAAUAGAGGAGGGAGGAACCCUGGGAGAGGGAGAGUAUGACUGAAUGAGUCUGCAGCUUACAGGGCUAGGGUGCGGGCAAACCAGAGCCCAGGCUGCCUGCUCCCCGGCCGGGUUAUCGUGUAGUACCCCAUGCCAGGCUUUCAGCUGCUUCUGAGCAGGGCAAGCAGGAGCCUAGAAAGACCUGACUCAACAGACAUGGUGGGGAAGAUCCUGAAUGUUGGACCUUGGCAGGUAGGGUUAACUGGAGAGGUUCUCCUGGAUAAGGGCACUCAGUUUACUACUCCUGGAUCCCUGUUCUCUACCGAGAUGAGGGCUCUUCUCUUUUGAGGGGAGCGUCCUUUCUGUGAGAAACUCUCAUUUUCACGGUCUAGCUCCUCUGUUACAAAAGGAUAGUCAGUUCAAGUUUCUCAAGUGGUAUGGUCAGGCAUAUGCAGGCAUACGCAGUAUCUGGAAACACACAGAUAGGAGAGCUGAGAUGCAGACCCAUUUUACAUUCCUCUAAAAGCUGCCCGGGGCUGCUGGAGGCACAGGAAGGGUGGCCGUGAGGAAAUUCCUAAGCCCAGCUUGCCAGAGUGGCUGCUUCAUCUGCCAGGAAGAACCUGGCAUGCACAGUGGCAGUGGCCUGGCCAACCCUUUCUCUUGUUUGUAAGAAGUUUUUUUGAAAUGUGUAAUAGGAGAGGGAGAGAGAUAGCGGGCGAGAGAUUGGGGGUGAGGAGUGCACGCCACAGUGCGCACAUGGCGGUGAGAGGAGAACUGUGGAGUUAUCCACCUUUGCCUGGCCUCUGGGGAGCAAGCUCAAGUUGUCAGGUUGCUGGGCGUGCACAUUAAGCCCCGCUACCCACUGAACCAUCUUCUCUCUUUUUAAAAUCUUAUUUAUGUAUUUUUUUUAGGUAUGAGUACUCUGUCUGCACAUUUGCCUGCAGGCCAGAAGAGGGCAUUAGAUCCCAUUGCAGAUAGUUGUGAGCCACCAUGUGGAAACUGAACUCAGGACCUCUGGAACAGAGCAGCCAGUGCUCUUAACCACUGAGCCAUCUCUCCGGCCCACCCACUGAACCAUCUUACUAAUCUUUUUUUCUUUCUUAAGAUAGUGUUUCAAUAUGUAGCCCAGGUUAGCAUAAAGUUGGCUCAGGCCAACUUCAAACUCGAGACCCUCGUGUCUCGACCUACCAAGGAACCACACCCAGGCUUGAUCAGACCUUUAGACACACUGCCCUGACUCUGAUGGAGGACUGGACUUCACGAAUGCAGACUCAGGGUGUAUGGUCCCCUGCUCCCAGAGCACAAUGCUGGAGGACAGCUGACAGCCCAAAGGGCAGCCUGUGUGUUCAGUUCCAGGGCUAGAUCUAGAUGUCAAUUAAAUCAGUGGAGGACGUAUAGCCAGAGUUCGUAGGUCAGAGGCCACACCCAUCAGACUCUCUGGAAUGGAGUAGACUCCAGGGGAAAUGUGAGAGGGUUACCAGUGGAGGGCCUGCCUCUCUCUCCACAGAGGGGUUGGCGGCUUAGCCGGUGCGCGGGUGUGAGGAGCACAGGUGUGAGGGAUUUGGGGUUUCAAUUGACUCUAAGCUCCACCUGAACUAAAGGUGUGACCUUUGCAAAGAGAAUUCUUAGGGUAUAUCGGAGAAGGGGCAAACAACACCUGGGCUCAGCUUGUGAGGUUCGCCUGGGGGGGGGGAGCGGCCAGGGGGACAAUAUCCAAAGGGAAGUGAUUAGGAGAUUGUGGGGCUGAGUGUGAGAAAUGGCCCUAAGGACGGGCAGCACAGCGGGAAGGAAGGCCCAGGAGGGCAGCCGGAGUUCAUGAUUUGGGAGGACUGUUGCACGAUGGGGGAAGGAAUUCUGUUCUUGGGGUGCCCCUGGAGUAGACUGCAGCUCACAGCGAAUUAGUGAGCUCCGCUCUUCCGCAGGUGGCCUCAGGGGACAGGGAAAUCUUGGUUUCAGAUCUGAGCAGGACAACUUGUUGGGCCCGAAGCUUUGACCUGCAGAAGUCAGAGGCCAUGCUCCGCAAGCAUGUGGAAUUCCGGAAGCAAAAGGACAUCGACAACAUCAUCAGCUGGCAGCCACCCGAGGUGAUUCAGCAGUAUCUGUCAGGCGGCAGGUGUGGCUAUGACCUGGAUGGCUGCCCAGUCUGGUACGACAUCAUUGGUCCCCUGGAUGCCAAGGGUCUGCUAUUCUCCGCCUCCAAGCAGGACCUGCUCAGGACCAAGAUGAGGGACUGUGAGCUGCUUCUGCAGGAGUGUGCCCACCAGACCACAAAGCUAGGGAAGAAGAUAGAGACCAUUACCAUGAUUUAUGACUGUGAGGGGCUCGGCCUCAAGCACCUCUGGAAGCCUGCAGUGGAGGCCUAUGGAGAGUUUCUCUCCAUGUUUGAAGAAAAUUAUCCCGAAACACUGAAGCGUCUGUUUGUCGUUAAAGCCCCCAAGCUGUUUCCUGUGGCCUAUAACCUCAUCAAGCCUUUCCUAAGUGAGGACACUCGUAAGAAGAUUAUGGUCCUGGGGGCAAACUGGAAGGAUGUUUUACUCAAGCAUAUCAGCCCUGAACAGUUGCCUGUGGAGUAUGGAGGUACUAUGACCGACCCUGAUGGAAAUCCCAAGUGUAAAUCCAAGAUCAACUAUGGCGGUGACAUCCCCAAGCAGUACUACGUGCGAGACCAGGUGAAGCAGCAGUAUGAACAGAGUGUGCAGAUCUCCAGAGGCUCCUCCCACCAAGUGGAGUAUGAGAUCCUCUUCCCCGGCUGUGUCCUCAGGUGGCAGUUUAUGUCGGAGGGAUCAGACGUGGGUUUUGGGAUUUUCCUGAAGACCAAGAUGGGGGAACGGCAGCGGGCAGGGGAGAUGACAGAAGUGCUGCCCAACCAGAGAUACAAUUCCCACAUGGUCCCUGAGGAUGGGACCCUCACCUGCAGCGAGCCAGGCAUCUAUGUCCUGCGCUUUGACAACACCUACAGCUUCAUCCAUGCCAAGAAAGUCAGCUUCACUGUGGAGGUCCUGCUUCCGGACAAGGCAGCAGAGGAAAAGAUGAACCAGCAGGGGGCAGCCACGCCCAAAUAACAGCUCUCUCCUGCCCCCCUUAGAGCCUUCCUGUCGGUUGUUUCUUUGUAGUAGCCACUUUCCUACAACCUAGUAGGCCUAAGAAACUGGGCUGGAGGGAAGACUUGAGACUGCACAGGAGACCAGGGCAAGAAUCCAAAGAGGACAAAUAGCUAGGGUGGGUCCUUGUCAUCAGACUGCUAAGGGGGUCUCCAGAAACUGGCUCUAACGAUGUCUACCCUGGAGACCUGCCAACUUCACCUGCCCAGUGACAGCUAAGUCAGGGAGAGGAGGGGUACACAGGAUGGCAGCACGGAAAAAAUUAGAAAGAAGUGAAGAGAUUGGGGUGCCACACUCAGGGAAGUCAGCUGCUAGGAGGACAUUUGCUCCUAAACGAACAUGGAACAAACCUCCAUGAUCGUAAUGAUGGUUGCAAGGGAGCAGGCUGCUAGGCACAGGAUGGGAAUCCCCACCUCUUCCAAACUUUUGUAAAAGGCUUGAGUAUCUCCCCCACCCCCCCACACACACCCGAAUCUCAGGAGUAACCCAAGUCGGCACUGGGAGGCAAACGGAGGGGCCUCUCUCCCCUAGAGAACCUUGCCAACUCCUGGGCCCCACUGGCUGCCUGUUUAGUUCUAAUGGUUGCCAGUGACCCAGAGUUCUGUGGAACUUUGGUACCUGGCCACUGCUGUCCAGUGAAAGAGAAACCUUCCAAAAGCACAAGGGUAAUUGCCUUCAGGAAUGACAGAUCUAAGUAAGCCUCCACUUGAGCAACCCUACGCAAAAACGGGAAGUGCCUGGGAACCGGUCUCCCGACUGACCUGGGAGGUCCUUCUCUGUGGAGGCAUGUAACGGCAGGGCAGCAGUGGGUUCCUCUUGCCUCUAAACGCUGGUAGCCAGGGAAAAGGGGCGGCCACAGUCGACCUUGCAAUAGUAGCUCUUGACCCUACACACCUUGUGAGCGAACUCGAGGUUAUGGUUACGGACUGCCCAGAAUUCUGGAACGCGGCCCCAGGCCCUUGCGGGGACCCCCUUUCCCCUCGGAAUGAGACCCCGGCCCAGCCUGAGUACUCGUUCACCAAGCAGAGGGAGCUCUGUAUAGGCGCAGGGCUAGCAACCAGAGAGGGCCGAGGCUACCCAGGAUCUAGUAACACACCUCAGGAACAUUUCCUGGCCUUGGUUUACAAUGCUGUUAGGUACAUUAACCAAUGAAU